CGCAGCCUCGGCGGAGCCGGGUUGGUGCCAGCCGGGAGCUGGCGGAGGGAAGGGGCCGGGCUGCGGCGCCGCCGGGGAUGGGGGUGCGGAUGGAGCCCAGGGGAACCCCCCGCCCGUAGCGGGGUGCUGAGCGAGGGCACCGCGGCGCCGAGGGAGCAGCCUGGAGCCCGAGGAGCGCAGCAUGGAGCCGCCGGCCGUGCCGGAGGAGGAGGAGGAGGACGAGGAGGGGGCGGUGCCCCUCUCCAUGGCGCCCGGCCCCGUGGGAUGCCAGCUCUUUGGAUACGUGGGAAUCGAAGCUGUGCUCGACCAGAUGAAAAUCAAAACCAUGAAGACAGGCUUUGAGUUCAACAUCAUGGUUGUGGGGCAGAGCGGGCUGGGGAAGUCCACCAUGGUGAACACCCUCUUCAAGUCCAAGGUGAGCCGCAAAUCCUCACAGCCCGGCCAGGAGGAACGCAUUCCCAAAACAGUGCAGCUCCAGUCCAUCACUCACGUCAUCGAGGAGAAGGGGGUAAAGAUGAAGCUGACAGUGACCGACACACCAGGGUUCGGGGACCAGAUCAACAAUGAGAACUGCUGGGACCCCAUCAUCAAAUACAUCAAUGAGCAGUACGAGAGAUACCUGCGGGAGGAGAUCCUCAUCACCCGCAAGAGGAAGAUCCCAGACACUCGGGUCCAUGGAUGUGUCUACUUUGUCCCCCCCACAGGUCACUGGCUGCGCCCGCUGGACCUGGAGUUCAUGCGGCGGCUUAGCAAGAUCGUCAACGUGGUGCCGGUGAUCGCCAAAGCUGACACGCUCACCCUGGAGGAACGGGCAGAAUUCAAGCAGCGGAUCCAGGAGAACCUGAAGACCCAUGCCAUCAGCGUGUACCCGCAGGAGGACUUCGACCAGGACCCCGAAGACAGGGCACUGAACGACAGGAUUCGUGAGAAUAUUCCCUUUGCCGUGGUGGGGGCGGACCAGGAGCACCAGGUGAACGGCAAACGAGUGCUGGGCCGCAAGACCAAGUGGGGCAUCAUUGAAGUGGAGAACCCAGCGCACUGCGAGUUCCCCCUCCUGCGGGACCUGCUGAUCCGGUCACACCUGCAGGACCUGAAGGACAUCACCCACAACGUCCACUACGAAAGUUACCGUGUGCGGCGGCUGAACGAGAGCAACCAGCUGGGGCUGAGCCCCCUCAAUGGGCUGCCAGGCAAGGGCGAGGCCAGCAGCCACCUCUGAGUCACCUUGUGCCCCCCAGAUCACCACUGAACCCCCAUGGCAGUGCCCACCCUUGCCCACCAUGUCUGUGCCAGGUACCUGCCUGGGAUGAAGAGCCCCCCCAAGAGUGCCCAGCUACCCUGACACGGGUCCCUCAUCCCCAAGUUCUGCCAUGGGCACAGACCCCCAGACCCUGUGUGACAUUAAAGGUUAAUCCAGAGCCUUCAACCUUCA